UGUUUUCUGUUAAUAGUUAUGAAAAAUCAGGAACACAAGUAACUGAAGUACGACGAAUGUUUCUUGAACGAAAAGAUAUUGCAGGAUAUAAAGCAUAUACAGCAAAACAAAAUGAUCCAAAAUUAUUUCGUUGGUGGGGUCGUUAUUUUGAAAGUCGAGGCAAAAUAGAAGAUGCACUUGGAUGUUAUCGAAAAGCAGAUGAUAAUUUAUCAUUAUGUCGAUUACUUUGUGAACAAGAUCAACCUACUAAGGCUAUUGAAUUAUGUUCAGAUACAGGAAAUAAAGCUGCUUGUUAUCAUAUGGCACGAUAUUUUGAAAAAAAAGGCGAUUAUAAACAAGCUAUUUCUUAUUUUCAACAAGCAUCAGCUAUUAGUAAUGCUAUGCGUCUCUGUCGGGAUCAUCAUUUAGAUGAAUAUAUGGCUAAUAUUGCUGUACAAGGUACAUCUGAUGAUAUGCUUGAAGCAGCACGAUACUUUCAAACUUUACCUAUGCAAGAAGAUCGUGCUAUUUUACUCUAUCAUAAAGCUGGAUUAACUUCGAAAGCUAUUGAUUUGGCAUUUAAACAUGAACGAUAUUCAGCAUUAGCACAAAUUGCUGAUAGUGUUGGUAAGAAUGUUGAUCCAACACAAGUUACUCGAAUGGCUGAUUAUUUUAUGCAAUUAAAACAAUUUGAUAAAGCGGUUGAUUUACUUGCCGCUAUUGAUCGAGUUGAUGAAGCAGCAGAUUUAGCUAUUCGAAAUGAAAUUCCAUUAACAGAAGAAUUACUUGAACGAUUAAGUCCUGCUAAACCUACUAACGAAGAAGAUAUGCCUAAAUAUCAGGCUAUUUGUGAGAAAUUAGGUGAUCUAGCUGUUAGUCAAGGAGCAUAUGCUGGUGCAGCAAAGAAAUAUCUCGAUGCUGGUAAUAAGAUUAAAUCAAUGCGUGCAUUGAUACAUUCUGGUGAUGUUGAACGUAUAACUAUGUUUGCAACUGUAGCACGUAAUCGUGAAGUUUAUUUACUUGCUGCUGAUUAUUUGAAAACAUUGGAUUGGAAAAAAUAUCCAGAUGCAUUACAAAAUAUAAUGAAUUUUUAUAAAAAAGCAAGAGCAUAUGACAAACUUGCUCUAUUUUAUGAUAUGUGUGCACAAAUUGAAAUUGAAGAAUAUCGAGAUUAUAAUAAAGCAUUAGAGGCAUUAAUGGAAGCAUAUAAAAUAUUGAGAGAUAAUGGAGAAAAUACAUUUACAAAAGAUGAAACAUUACAAGAACUCGAACUCAAAUGUCGAAAUAUAAAACGAUUUAUUGAUGCUAAAGAUCGAUACUUGAAUGAUCCCGAAACAGGUUCUCGUGAAUUGGCUAGUUUAUUAACAGAUCAAAAAAUAUUUAUUGGUGUUCAUCCAGGUGAUCUUUAUGGAAUAUUAAUUGAUCAUUUUGGACGACAAGAAAAAUAUAAACAAGCUGGAAUGUUACUUGAUGAAUUACAAGAGCAUAUUCCUGAACGUUAUUUUUCUCAUUAUAUUAAUCCAAAUUUACUUUCGGCUAUUUAUGCUGCAACUGGACGUAAAAUGGCUCCGCCAGAUCAACCAUCACAGAGUAUGACAUAUAAUAAUGAUGAAAAUGAAGACAAACUAGUGAUUGAUGAUUAUCAAAAUGAUCGACGACAACAACAACGACAAGGACACUUAGGCAAAAGUCAUACUUAUGCAGAAGAAAUUGAUGACAAUAUCGAUUAUGGAUCUGUUGAUGAUUGA